AUGUUCUGCCAAAAUGCUUUCAGGCAAAAUUCUCCACCUGAUGGUUUCAUGGAGCUGGCUUCUGAAGUUGCAGACCAUGCAGGUCGUCUUCCUUUGGGUCUAAACAUUCUUGGUUCGACCGCUUACACCCUCAUGGACAUGAUAUCUCCCUCUUUGACGUGUUUGUACCUCUCGGAUAUCCCAACUUUGGUGGAGCUUCCUUCUUCAUUUCAGAAUCUCAGUAAACUGGAAACGUUGAUCAUUACAGACUGCAUAAAUCUGGAGACUCUUCCAAAUGGCAUCAAUUUCGAAUCUCUUGAUCUCGAUCUGUCUGGAUGCUCACGGUUGAGGAGUUUUCCUGAUAUCUCAACCAACAUCUCAUAUCUCAUCUAA